AUGCCCCGAAGAUUCUGUAGCGGUUCCAGCGCCAUCGCUAUCCUACGCCAGCUGCUCACUGCUGAAGUCCUCGGCGACAGGAGACGCUCCCAACUCCUCCGUAGCAUGCAGCAACUCUUCGGCGAUCGUGCUUCAGCUGUGGACGAAUCGAUUUUGCGCGAGCUGUUCUUGCAGCGACUUCAGAACACCGUGCGCAUGAUCCUUACGACGUCCUCCACUGUGUCCCUGGAAGCCUUGGCGGAGAUGGCGGACAAGAUCAUGGAUAUUGCUCCACCACCCAUUUCUGUAGUCUCCUCAUCCUCCACCCCCGUUACCCCCACCUUGGCUGACUUUCAAGCUCUCCGUGAUGAGGUAGCGCCAUUCACUACCAUGAUCUCCACCUCGCUUCACCUUAGCCAUCGUCGCCGAAGCCCCAGGCCCCGCAGCCCUCGCCGCGCAGGUUGUGGCCGCAGCCCCUUCCGCCCACACUCUGCUGCCUCCACAGAGUGUUGGCCCCACCAAGACUUCGGCGACAACGCCCGCCUCUCAUUUGCCGACGACAUUCGACGCUGCGCACCUAAUAACACCCUGCAAGCCGUCAACGCAACACCUAUCACCACGUUCGGCGAGAAACUCGUGACCCUGAAUGUCGGGCUACGACGUGUUUUCCCCUGGGUCUUCAUCCUCGCCAAGGUCCCCCACGCCAUUCUGGGAGCUGACUUCUUAGCCCAUUUCGGCCUACUUGUUGACAUGAGCCGCCGCCGUUUGCACGACGUCGUGCAUCACGUCGUGACCACCGGGCCGCCUGUGCAUGUUCACCCUCGCCGCUUGGCCCCGGAGAAGCUGAAAGUGACCAGAGCAGAGUUCGAACACAUGCUCGACCUCGGCAUGGUCCAACCAUCCUCCAGUAACUGGUCUUCAGCUCUCCACAUGGUCCCCAAGAAGACCGGGGAUUGGCGGCCUUGUGGAGACUACAGACCCCUGAACCGUGUCACGGUGCCGGAUCGGUACCCCAUUCCUCACGUGCAAGAUUUGAUCGCUCAUCUUCACGGCGCCAGACUUUUCUUGAAGGUCGACCUGGUACGUGCGUACCAUCAGAUCCCGGUCGAGGAUGUCGGCAAAAGUGCAAUCACCACGCCGUUCGGAUUGUUUGAGUUUCUGCGGAUGACGUUUUGCCUGCGAAACGCGGCACAAACCUUCCAGCGGUCCAUCGACUCAGUCAUCAGAGGCCUCCCGUUUGUGUUUGCAUACAUCGACGAUCUACUCAUCGCAAGUUCUACGCCGCAGGAGCAUGUCGAACAUCUCCGUGCACUUUUCACCCUGCUCAGCGACUUUGGCAUUGUAAUCAAUGCCGCUAAGUCCGAAUUCGGCGUAGAGCGGUUCGAAUUCCUUGGCCACCUUAUCACGAGCACCAGUAUCACCCCACUACGAGCCAAGGUUCAAGCCAUUAGAGACUUUCCCCAGCCGCCUUCGGCACGCAAGCUCCGGGAAUUUCUCGGCCUUGUCAACUUUUAUCGUCGCCAAGAGUCGCUCGGGCAACUCGACUGGCCGCAAUCCGCCAUCGACGCAUUUGACAAGAUUAAGCUCGCCUUGGCGAACGCUACUCUUCUGGCGCAUCCGGUACCCGACACGCCCACUGUCCUCAUGGUAGAUGCGUCCGCCUCGGUCGUCGGCACUGUCUUGCAGCAGCAAGUUCCCAACCAACAGCAGCCCCUAUCUUUCUUUUCGCGCAAGCUCAAGGACAGGGCUAUACACGUUUUCACGCGUCUCGUCCGCGACAACCGUUUCUCCCUCGAAGGGUUGGCCAGUCACCAGGCUUCAGACGAAGAAUUGGCCAUGCUCCGCGCUGAUCCCAAUUCGGCGCCCCGUUUUGAGGACCUGUUGCUCCCAGGAGCCACGUCGACUAUCCUGGUGAACGGCACGACCCUUCGCCUUCCUGGCGAGUUCUUCGCGCCUGCGUCCGACAACACCGUUCCCGACGGCACAGACUAUGUUUCUCGGCUGCGAGCCGUUUUCGCCGACGUGCGUCCGACGCCCCCGCGUCGCACCUCUGGCGCUAAGGUCUACGUUCAUCGGGACCUGCUCACACCCUACCCCGUCAUCAGCCUUACACCGAAGCACUUCACGCUGCGCAUCAACGGGAAGGACGAUCAAGUUUCUAUUGACCAGCUCAAGCCGGCUUAUACGGAAGCGUUCCCGCAGUUAGGCUACACCAUUUCUCAGCCCCAAGAGCCUGCAAGUCCCUGA